AUGGCAAAGCUAAACAUCAACUCCACCGUUCGCAUGAACUCAGGUUACGAGAUCCCACUCCUUGGCUACGGAGUCUACCAGACACCAAUGGACGUUGCUGAAGAAGUCACCGCUCACGCAGUCAAAUGCGGCUACCGGCAUGCCGACUCAGCAGCUGCAUACCGCAAUGAGGCGCCUACAGCAGCCGGUCUACUCAAGGCUCAAGUCCCUCGCUCUGAGCUCUUCUUUACAUCCAAAGUGCCUCCCAAAGCCAUCAACUACGAUGCGGCUAAGGCUGUCGUUGACGAAUCUCUACGACUGACUGGGUUGGACUAUAUUGAUCUAUACCUCCUGCAUGCACCGUAUGGCGGUAGGGAAAAUAGAUUGGGUGCUUGGAAGGCGUUGGUUGAGGCGGUAGAAGCUGGGAAGGUAAGAAGUAUUGGUGUGAGCAACUAUGGCGUGCACCAUCUCGAUGAGCUUGAGGAGUGGAUCAAGCAGACUGAGGAGAAGGAGGGCAAAGGGAAGGGUGGUGUGUUGAGUGUCAAUCAGGUAGAGUUGCAUCCUUGGCUGGCUAGAGACCACAUUGCGGAGUGGUGUAAGAAGAGAGCUGUCAUUCUGGAAAACUUUGUUAUCCUGCCAAAGUCGGUUACACCUGCUCGUAUCGAAGAGAACAGUGACAUCUAUGACUUCGAACUCUCCGAAGGAGAUAUGCAGGUAUUGAAGACUGAGGUUUAUGAGCCUUGCGCUUGGGACCCUACUACUAGUAGAGAUUGA